UGUAAUUCAGUUGUGAUGAGUUUAUCUGGAGCUAACUUUCCUUGUUACCUUACAGAUAUUGAUGAGUGUCGUGUAAUGGGCAACUUGUGCAAGAACGGUCAGUGUCUCAACACUCUGGGCUCCUAUAGCUGCACCUGCAAAACCGGCUACACUACUGACAUCAGCAGCACACAGUGUGUGGAUGUGGAUGAAUGCAUACAAGCACCAAAGCCUUGUAAUUUCAUCUGUAAGAACACAGAGGGAGCAUACCUCUGUUCCUGCCCCCGUGGAUACAUCCUACAGGAAGAUGGAAAGAGCUGCAGAGAUCUGGAUGAGUGUUCGACAAAGCAGCAUAACUGUCAGUUCUUAUGUGUUAACACUAUCGGAGGGUAUACCUGCAAAUGUCCUCCUGGCUUCACCCAGCAUCAAACAGACUGCAUAGACAACAAUGAAUGUGCAUCCGACCCCAACAUGUGUGGCUCCAACGGGGCCUGCCAGAACACUCCAGGGAGCUUCAACUGCGAUUGCCAGCGGGGAUUCUCAUUAGAUCCCAAUGGACAAAGCUGUAAAGAUAUGGAUGAGUGUGAUGGAAACCACAGGUGUCAGCAUGGCUGUCAGAACCUGGUUGGUGGAUACAGGUGCAGCUGUCCUCAAGGCUACCUACAGCACUACCAGUGGAACCAGUGUGUAGAUGAGAACGAGUGUCAGAACAGCCAGAUCUGCGGCGGAGCGUCAUGCCACAACACCCUGGGGAGCUUCCGCUGCCUCUGCCCCACCGGCUUUAACUACGAGCAGACAGACGCGGGCUGCUCAGACGUCAACGAGUGCUCCACCAGCCAAAACCCCUGCAAGUUCGGCUGCUCCAACACGGACGGGGGCUACCUCUGUGGAUGUCCCAAUGGUUACUUCCGUGCAGGACAAGGGCACUGUGUCACAGGUCUGGGCUUCACUAGUGGCGGUUCCAGUGCUGGAUCGGAAGGUGAGGCAGAUGAUAACUCUCUGUCUCACGAGGCCUGCUAUGAAUGUAAGAUCAACGGAUAUCCCAAGAAGGGACGCAAACGCCGCAGCACCAACUCGACACAGGAGGAUCCUCAGGACGACUCGCAGCUGACUGAGGAGAUGGUGAGCCUGGCCAGUGUGGACAUCGAGGACACGUUGCACAUCCACCUGAACAUCAGCGACCUGAGCAACCGCGACCACAUCCUGGAGUUCACCCCAGCCUUAUCCGCACUCAGUGACCAUGUGCGCUACAGCAUCGACUACGGAAAUGAAGAAGGCUACUUCAAGAUAAAUCAGAGAGAGGGCGUUAGCUACUUGCAUCUGAGCAAGAAGAAGGCCCUGCUCUCAGGGGCAUACUCCCUUCAGAUCAGCAGCCUGCCCACGUACAGGAAGAAGGAGCUGGCUGAGCUGGAGGAUCGACACGAUAAAGACUACCUCACAGGACAGCUGGGAGACAUACUGAAGAUGAGGGUGCAGAUCGUCCUUCAUUAGCCAUCACAAGACUGAGACAGGCAGAUGUUGCAGGCAGCUGCUAAUUCAGUGUCAGGCUCACACUUCCAAAAAAAGCUAAAACAUCUCUGACUCUGGAUCAGCAGUCAGGGGCAACUUCUACUUGCUCCCACAGGGAGAUCGGCUCGCCACCAAAGAGACAAGAAGGAGGGUUGGCAAAAGAUGCCAAAGAUGAUUCUACAUAUCAUAGAUACAAA